CCAGUUACCAUGAUGAUUCUAUAGAGGUAACCGGAUGAUCAUCUUGAUUUGUUGCCAUGGUGAUCCAGUAGUGAGGAACAACUCCUAAAACUCCGGCCAGUCAUCAUGGGAACAUCCAGGCUGUUCCGAAUCUUCCUGGUCCUGGGCUCGGCCUUCAUGAUCCUGCUGAUAAUCAUCUACUGGGACGACGUUGGGGCCUCCCACCCUCACCUGCAUGCCCCUGUCUCCCCGGGCCCUAAAACCCCACACACUCCCCCACAACAACAGCCCCAAACCUCCAGAAUUCCCUCCUUCCUGUCUGACAUCGAUGCCUUUGUCAACCAGUUCUUGGAGCCAGGGACCGGUGACCCCACAGAUCCUGCUCCAGCUGAAACGUCCAACCAAUCGGAGCGAGCGGAGGAGCGAUACGUGCCACGACAGGAGUGGAAGAUUCAUUUGACGCCUGUGGCAGAGGAACUCAUGGAAAGACAGGUGCAGAGGCGUAAGUUGCUUCAGGAGAUGUGCGGUAAAGAGGGCAUUGAGUUUGCUGGGAAAAACCGCUCGUUUGACGACAUCCCAAACAAGGAGCUGGAUCACCUUAUUGUGGAUGACAGACACGGAAUUAUCUACUGUUACGUUCCUAAGGUGGCGUGCAGCAACUGGAAGCGGAUCAUGAUCGUCCUGAGCGAGAGCCUUUUGCAGGAUGGCAUUCCCUACAGAGAUCCCAUGGCCAUUCCCAGAGACCUGGUCCACAACAGCAGCAUGCACUUCACCUUCAACAAGUUCUGGAAGCGUUAUGGAAAGUUCUCGCGGCACCUCAUGAAGGUUAAGCUGAAGAAGUACACCAAGUUCCUGUUUGUACGGGACCCUUUUGUGCGCCUCAUCUCCGCCUACCGCAACAAAUUUGAGCUGCGCAAUGAGGACUUCUACCACCGCUUCGCACAGGUCAUGCUGCGUCGCUACGCUAACCAGCCGACACCACCUGCCUCCGUGGAUGAGGCAUUUGCUGCGGGUCUCCACCCGUCUUUCUCCCAUUUCAUUCAGUACCUUCUGGACCCUCAGACAGAGAAGGAAAUGCCUUUUAACGAGCACUGGCGGCAGGUUUACCGGUUGUGCCAUCCCUGCCAAAUUCAGUAUGAUUUUGUGGGUCACCUGGAGACGGUGGAGGAAGAUGCAGAGCACUUACUGCGUCAGCUGAAGGUGGACAAUGUGGUGGAGUUCCCCACCUCUCACAGGAACCUUACAGCCAGCAGCUGGGAGGCUGACUGGUUCAGCACAGUGCCCCCAGUGUCCCGGAGGAAACUCUACAAGCUGUACGAGCCUGACUUCAGGCUCUUCGGCUACGACAAACCAGACUCGAUCCUUAAUGAGUGA